GUGACAGGUGUCGACCGGCCAUUGACCAAUAGGAGCGAGGAAGGGGCCGGACUAAAGAAUUGACGCUUACGUCGCAGCCCCGGUAAUGGCAAGUGACAGAGGGUGAGGAAGACGAGGCGAAAGUUUUUCAGCCACUAGUUGCCGUUGAGAGUUUCUAUGCUUGACAACAGCAGCAGUUCCAUAUUCUUCUACUCUGACGGUUAUUCAGCGUUGCCGUCUUUUGAGUGAGAACUAACCGUCUUUCGCGUGAGGCCAAAGUCGUGAACGAGGGGGGUCGGUCGGUCGGUCGAUCGGUCUCGUAGGAGCUGAGUAGAUAUACACCAGAAGUUUUUGGGGUUUUUUUUUUUUUGUUUUUUCGACUUCGAGUUAAUUCGCCGAAGAGAGAAAAAAAAAAACUAUGUCCAACAGAGAAGACGAGUACGACUAUCUUUUCAAAGUGGUGCUUAUCGGAGAUUCAGGUGUAGGGAAGAGUAACCUGCUGUCACGCUUCACCCGGAAUGAGUUCAACCUGGAGAGCAAGAGCACCAUCGGGGUGGAGUUUGCCACGCGCAGCAUCCAGGUAGAAGGCAAGACCGUCAAGGCUCAGAUCUGGGACACAGCUGGACAGGAGCGAUACCGAGCUAUCACUUCUGCGUACUACCGUGGAGCAGUUGGAGCUCUCUUGGUUUAUGACAUUGCCAAGCACCUGACGUAUGAAAAUGCUGAGCGCUGGCUGAAGGAGCUGCAGGACCAUGCAGACAACAACAUAGUCAUCAUGCUAGUGGGAAACAAAAGCGAUCUACGCCACCUAAGAGCGGUACCCACAGAUGAGGCCAAGGCCUUUGCAGAGAAGCAUGGCUUGUCGUUCCUGGAGACAUCAGCAUUAGACUCAUCUAAUGUGGAGCUGGCUUUCCAAACUAUUCUCACAGCCAUCUACAACAUUGUGUCACAGAGGCAGAUGUCAGGGCGAAGCGACUCAGACUUCUCACCAGCCUCCAACGUAGUGCCCAUCACGGUCGAGCCCACCCAAAACUCAGCCAAUAAGGGCGUCUGCUGCCAGUCCAACUGAGACAUUAUCACUGACCACCUCCUUCACCUCCAGGCAAAUGGAGAAACAGCCAGAUAGACAAACAGACACACACAGACGGAGAGGGGGGGAAAUGGAGAGACAGGUAGAAAUAACCAUUUCACAGACACUUGUGCUGGGGUUGAUUUGUCUGUUGUUUGGUUAAGGAAACUUAAUACAGUAUGAAGUGGGGGACCAGUGAAGGAGGGAUAGUAAAGAAGUUUAGACAAGCAGACAGGUGGUUAGGGAGGUGCACCGUACCCACUGUAUAGCUUUGAAAGUUGUACAUGAUCGGAAUUGAUUCACAAUCUAUUGAAAAAUUUAACAUAUUAUGAGGUCCCUUUUGUAUCUCAUCUCAAUUUCUGUCUUUGCAAACUUUCCUCCCUUUGAAAGCUCUAUUUUACAAGCCAGUAAGUGCUUUCCUUCAGUCUCCCACUACCAGGGUAUUGGGUAAUAAAAAUUUAAAUCCAGUAGACUGAACUGCAACCCCUUUGUCGCCACUGUCAUUCCCGUUUACCCAAAAUGUAUAAUAUUUAGACAAUAAUGUCCCAGAUGAUAUUAAUUGAACACUGGAUUCAGAUCUUGUUUGGACAAAGGGUUUGCAAUCUAACACUGGUUGGUUUACAUUUUCCACACUGAAUUCUUCGCAGCAAGGGAGCUCUCCUGCUUAUGGUGCUUUUGCUUUUGACCACAAUUGUGUCUCUUUGUAGAGAAGCUUGUAAGGGCAACUAUCCCUCACUAAUGGAGGAGCAAGGGCUUCAAGUCAUUUUUCCUUAAUGUACAUGCACAGGCUGUAAUUAAAUCGAAGUUGGUUGGUUCAAGUUGUAUGCCACCAGGCCACGUAGAGCAACUACAUCCCUCUCUAACACUGACAUGUAAUUUCUCCUUGAUUGCUUUUGAUCUUUGUUUGGACGGCUUUCCUGCUCUGUGCACACUUUGCACUCUACAGAUGAGUCAUGCUCUUGUAAGCUUUGUAGUGCGUUAACUCCAAUGAGAUGGGAUAGCUGCAUCGCUAGUGGAUAUGUUAACCGCCUCACGUGUCGGUGGGAUGGCAGGAUUGGCUCUGUUGAUGACCAUUUCACCCCUGCUCUGGACCUUUUGGUGUAGUGGGAGAGAUUAGGGAGAUUGAUUUAAACGCAUGGACAAGCCUGUAUUGCCGCUGUCUGCUAGCUGGGAUGGAUAGCUGCAUGGAUAAUGUUUCAGGGGGUGAGGUGGUGAGGGCACUCAGCCCUGCCCUGCUCCUGUGAUCUCUGAUGUACCCGAGAUGGCUUGUUUUAAUGUAAGUGAAAUCCUCCACUGCCUGCUCACUCCUUUCUCUCUCUCUCUGCACUGUAUGUAACUGGAACAGGACUCUGCCUUCUGGGAUCUCCCUGAGGUCUGCCCCUCGCUCUCACUUGUCUUUAUUUCCUGGUGAGGGGGCGGGGGUUUUAAUCAGGAGCCAGGAUUGGGUUUGUUAGUAUCUAAUAGUUUAAUAGAUGAGGAAAAGGAGAAAAGAUGGUAGUGUUAGGAGGGGCUUGAUUAAAUCCUAAGGUUAUGCACACAGAUGGCGUUUAUCCUGCUGAUGUGUUUCCACAUCAACAUUGACUUCUGUUGACUUCACAGGUCUUUAACUGGGUGGUGUAGGCUAGGGCUUUUUAAACAUUUAUUCUAAUAUAUGUAUAUUUGGACUGCAUAUGUAUAAAUAAAUCUCAUUUGUUAUA